AUGAAGAGGCAGAUACGACUGAACACAUGCAGGGUGGGGAGUGGCGAGGGCCUAGGGCAGCAGGGACUGUUGACGGAGGAGGUGGGGGUUGCAGGGGCCUUCUUGGGAAAGCCACACUGGUGGUUUGGGGAGCUGCCAGCACACAGGCUUCUUGGGAUUGUGGGUGCGGCGAGAGCAGAAGCUUGUAGGAUGAGGAGCCUUUCAGAGAAGGGUGAGACAAGGGUUGGGUUGGCAGGCCAGGCGUUGGCACCGCAGGGGCUGGGCCACCACCUCGCCAGGGAGGCGCCUCCACCAGCCGAGGCUCCAGAGGCCCAGGUUGGCUUGGGGUGGGGCCUACUCAGCUGA